AUGGGCGAUAUUGUUAUUGCGGGUGUUCAUUCGGAUGCGGAGCUGCUGUUGCAUAAAGGACCUCCUGUCAUGAACGAGAACGAAAGAAUAGCAGCGGUAGCGGCAUGCAAAUGGGUGGACGAAGUAAUCCCGAACGCUCCGUACUCGACCUCCCUCGAAUGGAUGGACAAGUACAACUGUGACUAUUGUGUUCAUGGAGACGACCUCUCGACGCUGGCGGAUGGGACGGAUAGUUACAAGUAUGUCAAGGCGCAGGGGCGGUAUCUGGAGUGCAAGCGCACCAAGGGUGUCUCGACCACGGAUCUCGUCAACCGGAUGUUGCUCAUGACCAGUCAGCAGCAGGGACAAGAGCAUGAGCAAGGACAAGGAGGUCAGGUUGUUGGUGAUAGCAAUGGUGGUAGCACCAUCAUCGGCAGGACCGAACAGCAACAACAGCGGACGCAACAACAGCAGCAUGAGGUGCUAUCGACAGCACGCAAAAUCUCGACUUUUGCUCGUGGGAAUUCGGACCCGCAGAAAGGGGACAGGAUUAUUUAUGUCAACGGGACGUUCGAUCUGUUCCACGUCGGGCAUAUCGAGUUCCUGAAGCGGGCCAAGGCGAGAGGGGAUUUUCUGGUUGUGGGUGUGUAUGAUGAUGCGACUGUCCGGACUUUCAAGGGUGCUCACCAUCCGUUGAUGACCAAGCAGCGCGAAAUGUAA